UUUAUUAAAUAUAUUACCAAUUAAAUCAUAAAUAUUAAUUCUUAUUUAUUAUAUAUAAUAUUCAUGAAAGAAACAUCUCACAAUUUUGAAGAUAGUUCUUAAAAUCCACCUGAAAAAGAAGCAGCCAAUAAAAAUACUUAAUAAUACAAUAGAAAUAACUCCUACUAAAAAGUUAGCGAUCCUCCAUAAGAUAAAUAGUUAAAUCUAAAGGAAAUUCAGCAAGCCAAGGAAUUUUAAAAAAACGACAUAGGAAGUGGAGAACCUUCAACUAGAAUUUAAACUUAAUCAUAGCAUCCGAUGAGUAGCGGGAGCAAUAAAAAUAAUUAAAAUGGAUCUAUUUAGCAAGAUUUAAAUAGUACUAAUAUUUAAAGUUCUAAUUAGUAAAGUCCUCAAAUGAACAGCAUUAACUAUAAACCAGGAAAAAAUUAAACUCCACAAUCAAGCAAUAAUAAAGAAAAUAUAAUAUCUGGAUAAAAUUCAAUAGAUAUGCAGAUAAGCAACGUAGAUGAUUAAUAUAUAUCUUAAAGGUAACAGCCUUAGCAAAUGGGUUAUUCUUCAAGAAUAAGAAAUUAAAAAAGUGAUAGUUUUAUAGACGAAUCUAAUUUGAAUCGCUCUCAUCAUAAUAUGAUUGUGGCAAUUGAUAAUUAAGGAACCACGGGAUUUGGAACAUAAAGCUAAAUAUUUGAAGGAAAUUUUAAUACACAAUAAUAAGCUGUUUUUUAACGUAUAUUGUAUCUUAAGGAAUAGAUAUAGGCUCUUUAAGACCAUGAUAGUCUUCUUGAAUUUUUCAAAGCAUAUACAGUUCAUAACCCUGAUAUUAUUACUAUAGAUGAAAUUUUAAAGUCUGAACAUGUUAAAUUGAAAAGAUACAAAUAGUCAGUUUAUUUUGGAGAUAUGAUUAAUAAUUAAAGGUGUGGAAAAGGUAUUAUGAUAUAUUUCAAUGGAAGAGCCUAUGAGGGAGAAUGGUAAAAUGAUUAUAAAUUUGGAAGAGGUUUUGAGCUUUACCCAAAUGGGAACAGAUACGAAGGAUACUUUGUGAAUGGAAAAAGUGAAGGUAUGGGUACAUAUGUAUGGGCAAAUAAUGAAAUAUAUGACGGAUAAUGGCUUGGAGGUAUGAAGCAUGGAUCGGGAAUGUGGAGAGGUCCAAAGGGAGAUUCCUAUAUUGGAGAAUGGAAAUUCGGAAAAUCUGAUGGAUAUGGUGUUCACACAUGGGUCAAUGGUGACAGGUAUGAAGGACAAUUCAAAGUUUGUCUAAAACAUGGAGAAGGGUCUGAAAGAUUUUCAAAUGGAGAUCUUUACCAAGGUCAAUACGUUAAUGGAAGACCUGAAGGGUAUGGAGAGUAUACUUGGGCAAAUAAUAGCCAUUAUAAAGGUACUUUUAAAAAUGGACUAAGGCAUGGAAAAGGUGUUUGGAGAAGAAACUUGUAAGACAUCAAUUCUGAUAAAUAUGAAGGUGAAUAUUAAAAUGAUAAAAAAUGUGGAUUCGGUGUUUUUAGAUGGGCAUCAGGAAAUGAAUUUAGAGGAAAUUAUUUUGAUGACUUAAGGCACGGAUAUGGAGAAAUGUUUUGGACUGAUGGAAGCUAUUAUAAAGGAUUUUGGGAAAGAGGUAUUCAAAGUGGUGAAGGAGAGUUAUUUAUUCCUGGUGAAGGAGUUAAAAGAGGUUUGUUCGUCAAUAAUAUCUUUAAAGGAAAUUGUGUCAGCGAUGAAGAUGAGUUUGUAAAUAAGCAAUAACAAAACCUAAUUUAAUACAACCAACAGCAACAGUUAUUCAGAGAAAGCAGUAAAUUUAGGCUGAGCCCAACUAAACAAUAAAAUUUAUCAAAAUCUGUUUUGAGAAAUAAAGCCCCUCAAAAUGCUUAAAAACAUAACAGCGUAUCACCAAACCAUACAAGCCUAUCUAAGAGAACACCAAGUAAAAGCUCAACAAAAAAGAACUUGCCUGAUUCAGUGCAAAAGUCAAAUGGUAAAAUAGGUAUAAAGUAAACUCCAUCAAGGAAAAGUGCAAUGCUGAACAGCACUAAUAGCAAUAGUAAAAAUUUAAAAUCUUUUCUGUAAGAUGAAAAUAUAAUACCUGAAUCAAGCAAAAGCAAUCAAAACUCUUCAAUCGAAAAUAAUCCAAUAUUUUCUAAAGAAGCUAUAAAACAAUCGAAUUCAAACAUUGAAGGAAAUGGUAACGACAAUGAUUAAAACACUCAAUAAAAUCAAGAUAAAUAUAAAGAAACAGCAAAUUACUUGAGAAAUAGCUAUACUGAAGAAGAUCAAGCCAAUCAUAUUAGAAAUAGCUCUGAUGAAUAGCGAAGAACUAAAAGCAGUAAUGGAAACAAUUUAAAUGCUAAAAUUAAUCAAUAACCUUAUAAUAAAAUUUACAAUAAUAACAACUCUAAUUCAUAAAUUAGUAGUAAUAAUUAAGAUAAGAGAAGGAGUAUAUCAGUAAGCGGAAACAGACCAAACUUUUUCAUGCCUAAUCUAAGAAAUAGCUCAAUAACUCCUAACCCAAAUAAAAAUAACUCUUUUGCUAAUAAUUAACAUUCUGUACUACCACAAAUAAAUGGCUCUGGUGUUAAUAAUAAAGAAGACUCCAUAGAAAGAAAAAAAAAUGGAAGAAAAUAAAAAUAAAUACUAUUGAAAAAGCAUGAGAUUAUCUUAUGGAAAAAUUUACGUCCUAAACUUAAUCUCAGAAAGGGAAUGUAUAAAGACUAUACUGACCCUAUUACUGUAUAAAGAAUAAGAAUGUUGCUUCAUCCUCCUGUCUGGAAACCAGCAGGAAUCAGUAAUUUAGACUAUUCCCCAGAGAGAGAAAAGUCUAGUGAUAAAUUUAAUGAAGUCAAUCAUAGUUUAUCUCAUAUUUAUACUAACCAAAAAAGAUUAAAUAGCAACUACUAAUGA